AUGAUUCCAGAUAAACUUGCUGGAGAAGAGUCUUCAUCAAUGGAUACUAGGACCUUUCAUGAAGAUGAUAAUGAUAAACUUGAUUUUCAUCAAAUCGAAAUCAAUGAGUAUAUACACUUCAUUGACCAAACAAAAUAUCUCAAGCCAUUUCCUUCCGAAAUGAUUACAAAAGUUCUUACUGCUGCAAUUAAUGAAAUCAAUAAUAUCAUUCUCGAAGAAAUCAUUACAAAAAUCAUUGAUACAAUCAAGGACAAAUUAUACUUUGCAUGCGAAUUACAAAUCCAAAGCUACAUUGAAUUAAAAUUUGGAUUCAAAAAGAAGAUUAAAUUACAAAAAUUAAAAGCUAACAUCGAAGAGAUAUUACCCGAUGUUAUGAUUGAAUUUUUAGAUGAAUUACAGAAAGUUCACAUAAAGUUUUCAAAUCAUAUCUAA